AUGGUCCUCUCUAGGAACGCCCAGCGUCGCGCCAGGGCUCUACAAGCCGCCACCAUACCGGUUGACCCAGCGGUGGUCGGGACGGCCUUGUUCCGCCCUUCUGGCCCGGGAGGGGCCUUCGAGCGAGGAUCCCGCCUUGCUAUUGCCGCUGUGCUCUCUGCGCUGCCAGGGGUGUCCGCGGUCCGGGUUAACACAAAAAGAAACAUCGUGGCCGCGGACGCGACCUCGCAGGCCUGCUUGGAGAGGCUGCUCGCCACCACCGAGCUCCGCGGCAUUCCCGUUGCUGCUCGUCCACCAGCUGUCCGUGGAAACAGCACGGGCUUUAUACACGGCAUUGACGACGAGACUACCGACGCAGAGCUGGCUGGUGCGAUCGAGUCCAGUGUCCCCAUCCUGUCUGCGACCCGCUCCGGCAACAAGGCGAUGCUCCGCUUUAGCAGCCCGGUCCCUCCCGAGCAUGUGUCUAUAUACAAGCUCCAGUUCCGGGUGAGGCCUGGAAGACCGCGUCCACUGCAGUGCCAGCAAUGUGGCCGCUAUGGGCACGUGGCUGCAACCUGCGACAGACCUACCAGCUGCCUGCACUGUGGGAGGUCACACGAGCGAGGAGAAAGCUGCCCAAAUGCCGCCCACUGCAAUAAUUGUGGUGGCAAUCACCCUGCUAAUACUCCUGCCUGUCCCAGGUGGCAGGAAGAACGUAGGGUGGCAACCAUCAUGGCGACCGCCCCUACUCCCCUCUCUCGUCGUGCCGUCCGGGCCUCUGUGCGGGAAGAGACACAGCAGGCGAAGACCUCCACGCAAGUCUCAUAUGCACAGGCCCUAACCGGCCGCACACGAAUUUACCAGUCGGCGAUGCUCCCUCCUGGCCAGCCACCCAAAGCAGCCCCACGGACCCUCCGAGCCGGACCACCUGUAGCUACCACCACAACCCCGGAGGCACCAGCCACACCACCACCGCAGGCCUGUCCAGACCCCCGCGACCAGCUGAUCGCGAGCCUGCAGCUGACGCUCAAGGCCAUCGGAGAGAUGCUGCCUGCUGAUAGCCCACUCCGAGCCCUCUGCCUCCAGCGACGGCACGGCGAGCUGUGUGAGUACCUCCUGCGGUGCGACUUCGACGUCCUCGCACUGCAGGAGGUAUACGCCGUGGCCGAGAACGUACGGCUCCCCGGCUACACUGGCUACUCGGGCGCCACCACCUGUGCCACACGCAGUUGCACUGCAGCACCCUGCCUAGAUGGAGCCCACAAGACAGGGAAGCCACGCACGGCAAUCUACGUCCGCAGCACCCUGGCGCAUGCUGUUCUACCUGUUGCUGACAUCGCGGGUGGCCCCCUGGAGUCAUGUGCCGUCACCGUACGCCUUGGCAGCCAAGACACCGCUGUGGCGAGCAUCUACAUUCGUCCAGGAAAGCCGUGGGAUCCUUCCAGCCUCGUACAGCUGGCUGUUCGCCUCGGUGGCCAUGCAGUCCUGUGCGGUGACUUCAACGCACACCACACGGAUUGGGGUAGCCGCAGCUGCACCCGCCGAGGCAAGGACCUCACAGACGCCAUCAGCCGAGCUGGCCUGCUGAUGUUGAACACUGGGGAGCCUACCUACGUCCGCCGCGGAGCUCGCACGGCCAUCGACCUCUCCCUCACCACCGAGCAGUGCUCCUACUCCUGGGCCACAACUCCGGACACAUGGGGGUCUGACCACUUCCCUAUCGUGAUCAGCCCCGUGUCUGGGAGAAGGCCUAGGACAAGAACUUACCACGUCACAGACUGGUCCCUGUUCCGGAAGCACUGCAGCAAUUUGGACGAUGGCCGUGACUUCCUCAGCGCCAUUGCGGAUUGUGCUCAGGCUGCCACCGUUCAGUGCUCUGCCCAACCAGAUACCCCCGCUCCGGACCUCCACCUGCUCAACCUCCGCGCCUCCAGGCGCCGUAUGGAGCGCAGAGCAAUCCGGACGGGCAAGGCAGAGCAUUGGACCGAGUACAGACGCGCGGAUGCCCGCUGCAGGCGCCAGGCCCGGCGCAGGAGGAGCCAGAGCUGGAGGAGCCUCUGCUCUGCCAUCGAGGACAGAUCCAGGGGACCCCUGGCUUGGAGACUACUCAAAUCUCUCACCGGCAGGAGAACAAACCUACAACCUGUCCUCGCCGCUGCCAUCACGCUGGGCAUCAGCGAAGAGGCCCUUGCGGAGCUCCUCGCCGACCAGUUCGCGCCGGCUGUACCACGCACUGCAGCCAUCCUGCCGGUAGGACAGCCUUCCCUCAGCCUGCCUAGCUGCUUGCACAACCAUCACCCGGGGUGGACAUCGAGCCAGAUCACUGCUAUCUGCCAGGACCCCCUGACGCUGCACGAGCUCCAAGUGGCCCUGAAGAGGGGGAAGCGCCGCAGCGCAUCAGGAGCCGACGGAGUGACGACCCAAAUGCUCCGCAACCUGGCCGCCAGCGAGCAGCAGCGCCUGCUCGACUGCUAUAACGACAUCUGGAGGUCAGGGCAGGUGCCGGAGCAAUGGCGCACAGCCAUCGUGGCCCCCAUCCUGAAGGCCGGAAAGCCGGUUGGAAACGUGAGCUCCUACCGGCCGGUCUCCCUCACUUCCGCCUCCUGUAAGGUGAUGGAGGCCAUUGCUUUGGUCCGACUGGACUGGGUGGCCCGUGCCCGUGGGUUCCUGGCCGAUGAGCAGACGGGGUUCCGGCGGCGCCGAUGCACCGCGGACUCCAUCGCGGAUGUGGUCUCCACGCUGGAAGAGGCCAAGGCCUGCGGUGACGCCGUGCUCCUGGUGCUUAUCGACAUCAAGGGGGCCUUCGACGGCCUGCCCCACCCAGUCGUUCAGCAGGCCCUGGACCUACUUGGCAUCAACGGGAAUCUGCGGCGGUUCAUCUCGUCGUUCCUAGAGGAACGCACCCUCAGGGUACGAGUGGGCCGAUCGAAGAGCUCCCCUCGUCCGGUGGCAGCGGGCGUGCCACAAGGGUCAGUGGUGAGCCCUUUCCUGUUCAACCUGGCCCUGGCCCGGCUUCCUGCUGCCCUGCCGAUCGACCCCGACUAUCCGGUGAGUGCCUCCAUCUACGCGGACGACAUCGCCCUGUGGGUGCGAAGCCCACCACACAACCACCGCAGCGCGCGCUCAGCCCUGCAAAGAGCUCUUGACACCGCCGCUGCUUACCUGAGCAGCAUUGGCCUUGCCAUCUCGGCAAGGAAGACGGAGGCCAUGCUGCUCCACCCAAGAGCAGCCGCCCGCCGCACAGCACCCCGGCUGCACCUGGAAGGCGCCCAGUUACCCUGGAGCACUGCAGUGACGUACCUGGGGCUGCGCAUUGAUCACCGACUGUCCUGGCUGCCUGCUGUCAAGACCCUGCAUGUCCAGGUCCUCCGUGUCCGCAAGGCAGUCUCCCAGCUUCUUUCCCGAGGACAGGGCUGUACCACUGGGUGGGCACUACGGCUGUACGAUGCAGCAGCCACCUCACGCCUGCGGUACGCCCUCCCACUCGUGGCACUACCACCAGCCCGUCUCAAGAAGCUAGAGCUGCAGCAUCGGGCCGCGAUUAGGCUCUGCCUGGGCGCUCCCCGCAGCUCCCAAGUCGCUGCAACCUUGGCCGAGGCGGGAGCAUGGCCCCUGUCACUCCUCCUCCUACAGCAAGGGCUACGCCAUGUUGACCGCCUCCACCAUGGACCAGACGGCAGUGCCCUGCUCUCCCGACUGCGCUCGCGGCCCCAUUCACAGAUGGGCAGACUCUGUGGGCUGUACGAAGAGGUGAUUGGGAGGCCUCCAGCGAACAACGCACAACUGCCUCCUCCCCAGAGACCACCCAUACCCAUCACCACAGAGCUGCCCGGCGUUUCCAAAUGGCGCUCCCCAACUUGUGCCCUUCAACAGACGGCUGCUUCCCUCCUGCAUGAGGACUACGGUGGAAACCUGCAGAUCUACGUUGACGGCUCGGUAAUGCCGGACACAGGCUCGUCGACUGCGGCCUGCGUGGUGCCCGCUUUGGGGAAGAGCAAGCAGUGUCGCCUCCCCAACCAUGCGACGUCAACAGCAGCAGAGGUUGCAGGCCUUCACCUGACUGUGGACUUACUCGCAGAGGAGCUGCCAGUGACCCCAGUGACCAUCUACUGCGACUCCAAGGCGGCACUCCUCAGCCUGCAGAGGCCAGAAAGGGCCAGCCUCGGGGUUGCCCUGCUCUCGUCAAGGCUGAUGGCGCUCCAGGAGGCGGGCUGCUCAGUAUCCCUGCACUGGCUUCCAGCCCACGUAGGGAUACCGGGCAACGAGGAAGCAGAUGCACUGGCAAAGCGUGCCCACCACUGCGUGGUCCCGCCCAGCCUGGCAGUGACAGCCAGUGAUUUCACAUGCCACAGGCUUCGGCGCCAUCUGCUGGCCUGCCAUCCGGACAAGCGGAUGUCCUUGGGCCGCCCUCCGCGACCACUUCCACAGCGCGGCCUCGCACGCAGGGAGACCUCCCUCCUUCUGCGACUGAGGAUUGGCUGCUGUUGGACGGGUGCUCGCCGCCACCGGCACGGCCUCGUCGCCUCUCCAGCCUGUGCCUCCUGUGGGGAGCCCGAGACCCUGGAGCACCUCCUGCUGGCCUGCCCUGCCUACCUGCAGCAGCGUGACCGUCUCCUGCAGGAGUUCCGACGACUGGGGCUUCCUUCUACACGACAGGAAGACAUCCUCUUCCCUGGUCGUAGCGAGCUACCAGCCCUCCUGAGUGUCGUCGAGUACCUCGACUCGUCGGGGCUCUCGGCGAGACUCUAG